AUGUUUAAGACUCGCCUUGCCGCUUUAUCCGCCGCUAUCCUGUUCCUUGGUGCAAAGUGUGCUCCUAUACAAUCUUCUGGAACAAUCAUUAAACCUACCACCACAUUAAGCACAUCAGCAGUGCACACUGUGCCCACACAUUCGGCUAGCCCUCAAAUUGCAAACAACAGCAAUGAAGGAACAAGCACUGGGGGAAACGAGAGCGGCGGUCUUCUUGAUAGCAUCGGAAGCACUGUGGGUAACGUAGUUGGGAGUGUUGCCAACGAUUCGGAGGAAUUAGUCUCGCCCAUCAUCAUGGACACCGGCGAUUUCCGAAACGCGAAUAAGCAACAAUCAUCACUGCCUCAUAGUCCUCGGUUUAUAGGCUGA